GCAUCUUACCAUGUCUCACAAAGCACCUAUCAAGCUCGAGAGCGACCGUCUGGUCAUCUCACGGUUCCUCCCCACUGAAGAGCAUGCCGAAUUCCUAGUCAAACUCUACAACACGCCAGAGUUCAUCGCUGGAGAGGGCAACACCGGGAUCGACACAACUGAGAAAGGCCUGAAAGCACUUCAUAGCAUGAGCGAUAGGUUCGACAAGUAUGGGCAUGGCGUCUACGUCGUAUCGCUCAAGGAUACUUCUACUUUGGUCGGCUCAGUUUCACUCAUGAUAGGUGAUUACAGAGCUCCAGAUAUUGGAUUCGCCCUCCUCACGGAGUACACCAAAAAGGGCUAUGCUACUGAAGCCGCCAAACGAGUCAUGCAGCAUGCAAAGGAGGAUUUAGGGUACGAUGGAGUCUUUGGAUUUGCCUCGCCGACGAACGAACACAGUCGGAAAGCGCUUGAGAGGCUAGGAAUGGAGUACAGGGGCACGUUCUCACUGGAGGCGUUUGGGAAUCAGGAUAGCGUGGUGUAUACCAUGCAAGGGAUGGGAGAACUGGAGCAGUAUGGGAUCAAGGGGGAUCGCAAGGACAAGUCAUGAGAAUGAAAAUGCAUAGACUUGCUACGUCUGGAUGUAUUUUGACCGAUAAGCGG